GUCGGACCUCGAUAUUUCUGUAAAGCUGCUUUGCGACAAUGCAUGCUGUAAACAGUGCUGUAUAAAUGAAUUGUACUUUGACCUUGUAACAGGGUGUAUUUCCCCCCCUCCGACCACCGGGGAGCAGUAAAAGCUGUGUAAACAGUCAGCGGAUCAGGAAGUGAGUGAGUUGCAAAGACAGGCAGAGUGACAGCAGAGCGGGAGAAUGAAACCCGUUCUGUCGUUCACCUGAACACCUUUGGUUACUUCGCCAAUGGAACUCUGGAGGUCAACCUGAUGUCCCUCUAUCUUCCCCAAACCAGCAAGACCAACUUUGCCACCAAUGCUGUGGGCUUCAGUCUGGCUCGGUCUCAUGUGAAUGGAGUUCUUUCUUACACAGCCGAGGACCCUGAGAAGUGCACUCUAUUAAAAACCAGAAGUGAUGAUACACUCAUUCUCUUCAUCAUCGACCCACUAACACUCAGUGUCCAGGUAAAAUCCUUUGGUGAGGAGGACAGCAUCUUAAUGGCUGGCCAGAAAAAAGAAGUGAAGGAUCAGACAAAAGCCAAGGCUGGUGAGAACGAAGACAAAGUCAACAAAGUGGAGACGACGAAUGACGACAAAACAAAGGACUCUGCUGUGGAACAACAGAAGAAAGAGGAGCUCAAGGAGAGCAUAGUUACUGAGUCUCUUACUAAGAAGGGGAAGAACAUAAACGGAAUGAAGUUGACCCUCUUCAAGUUCAAGGACUCCUACAACUUCACAUUUCAUAUCACUAUGGGAGCUGAAGAUCAGGGCCUGUACACUCUGAACUUCCAUAACUGCUACAGUAUGAAGCCGGGCACUUUCAGCCCAUACUCACUCAGCGUUCACAUUACAGAGAAGAAUCCGGCUGGUUUCCUCUCGGCUGCUGAGAUUCCUCUGCCGCGUCUCUACAUCUGCAUGGCGGCAAUGUUUCUGACCGCAGCCAUAGUGUGGACAUACACUCUCCUCAAACACCGGUACAGCGUGUUUAAAAUCCACUGGCUGAUGGCGUCUCUGGCCUACAUUAAAGCUGUGUCUCUGGUGUUCCACAGUAUCAACUAUCACUUCAUCAACACGGAGGGACAUCCUAUUGAAGGCUGGGCGGUGAUGUACUACAUCACUUACCUACUGAAGGGGGUGCUGUUUUUCAUCACUCUGGCUCUGAUAGGAACAGGUUUUACCUUUGUCAAAUACAUCCUGUCUAACAAAGAGAUCAUCAUCUUUGUGAUCGUCAUCCCUCUACAGGUUCUAGCUAACGUGGUGUAUAUCAUCAUUGAGGAGACGGAGGAGGCCUCCAGUGAGUACGCUCUGUGGAGGGAGGUCCUCUUCCUGGUGGAUCUGGUCUGCUGUGGAGCGAUCCUCUUCCCCGUCGUCUGGUCCAUUCGACACCUGCAGACCACCACAGACAGAAAAGCUGCGGUGAAUCUGAAGCUGCUCAGGCAUUACUGUGUGAUGAUCGUGUGUUAUAUCUACUUUACGAGGAUCAUGGCCAUCCUGCUGAAGGUCACUGUACCCUUCCGGUGGCAGUGGUGCCAAGAGUUUCUGAUCGAGGUGUCCACUCUGGUGUUUUUCGUAUUGACGGGUUUUAAGUUCCGGCCGGCCUCCAGUGACCCCUACCUGCAGCUCCCUCAGGACGAGGAGAACCUGGACAAAGUAGUCCGGGACGUUGGAGGGAAUCUCGAAGGUGAAGAAGACGUCGAACGGCUGAGAGAGACAGAGAGACCCCGCCUUGUGACUGUGACUUCAUAAUGGGGGGGCAGAGCCUGGACUGUUUUAACUCCCCCAGUUUUCCCGCCAUUCCGCCUACGAUACGUAUUGCAAAUUGCCAAAAAUGAAGUGAAAUCAUCUACAUGUAGUCGAUAUAUCUCAUAGUAAGACUGUUGUAAGAAAACUAAGAUUAUUAAACUACAUUUUUUUUUUA